UAGGCUUUGAUCAGUACCGUCGGUUAAAGUUGGCGCUUCAAAGCCACUUCUAACAGCCAGAACAAGGUUUAUCAAGGGUUUAUAGUCGGCCACACUACCCACGUACUCUCUCCCUAUCUCUCUCUCUCUCAUAUUCUUUGAUCUCUUGAUUCUUUUGCCUAAUUCUUGAUGAACCCAUUUACAGAACCGAUUUUUCUUGAUUUUCUUGCCAUUUCUCCCGCAAAUUUUUUGAAACACUUUGAUGUCCAAUGGCCAAACCCCAUUUGUUAUAACGAUUGAUCACUCCCUUCCAGUCCAUAAACCCUCGUUUUUGCAACCACAGAAAUACCUAGUUAUGUGGAGGAGCAUAUUGAAGAUAGUCUCGUCCAAAACCCCAGUAAGGUAUUCCCUCAAUCCCCACUCUUUCUUUCGUGCUUGCAGUUCCAUAGGGGUUUCACAGGACUCUAUCUUCCAAGAAAAGAUGAAAUUUGGCCCUGAUAUGGGAUUUCCCGACAUGGGUUUCCGUCGAAAUGGCGAAUUCUUGCCCCAAGAUGAGUUUUUGGGGAGACCCAGUUUUGGGUUUUUGAGAAAUCAAGUUAGUGUUAAUGGGUUAUGUCCCAAAAGUUAUAUGAGCGUUGCCGAGGCCGUUUCGAUUUCGUCUACGGAUGCAGAAGAUGAUGCCCCAGUUGGAGAUGAGGUUCAUGAGUUGUUGGAAGAGAUUAAGAAAGAAGAUAAAAGAGAGGGGGCAUUUAGGAGGCGGGCGAGGCAGAGAAAGGAGUGGGGAAUGAGUCCCAGGAUAUAUAAUAUGCUUAGGAAGCGGCAGGUGAAGAUAGAGACGGAGGCUUGGGAACAAGCAGCGAAGGAGUACAAGGAGCUUAUAGAAGACAUGUGCGAGCAAAAGCUAGCACCCAGUUUGCCUUACAUGAAGUCCUUGUUUCUGGGUUGGUUUGAUCCUCUGAGAGAGAAAAUUGUUGCUGAGCAGGAAUUGUGCCGCCUAGGGAAGAAUAAGGCGGCCUAUGCACCGUAUUUUGAUCAGUUACCAGCUGAUAUGAUGUCGGUUAUUACAAUGCAUAAAUUGAUGGGAUUGUUGAUGACUGGAGGUGAACAUGGUGGAGCCAAGGUGGUAGGAGCUGCUUGUCUCGUAGGUGAAGCUAUUGAGCAAGAGGUAAGGAUACACCAGUUUUUGGAGAAAACAAAGAAGAAAAAAGUUGAUAAAAAUACAAAACUUGAUGGAGAUGGAUCCAGUAGUGCACUUGAAGAACAAGUUAAACUCCAGAAGAAAGUAACUGAUUUGAUUAAAAAACAAAAGCUGCAUGCAGUGAACAAGAUAGUGAAGAAGCAGGAUGAGUCAAAGCCUUGGAGCCAGGAUGCUAGAGCUAAGGUUGGGAGCCGUCUAAUUGAAUUGCUGAUGCAAACUGCCUAUAUACAGCCUCCAGCUGAUCAAUUAGCAGAUGGUCCACCUGAUAUUCGUCCCGCAUUUACACACACAUUAAAAACUGUAGUGAGAAACGCCAAGAACACUAGCAGAAGAUAUGGUGUUAUUGAAUGUGAUCCGCUGGUUCUCAAGGGCCUGGAAAGAACUGCCAGGCACAUGGUGAUCCCUUAUAUUCCGAUGUUAGUUCCACCAGUCAAGUGGACAGGAUAUGACAAGGGAGGUCACUUGUUCCUACCAUCCUAUGUCAUGCGCACGCAUGGAGCAAGACAACAACGCGAAGCGAUUAGGAAGACACCUAGGGAGCAACUACAACCAGUUUUUGAGGCCCUGGAUACACUUGGGCGGACUAAAUGGAGGGUAAAUAAGAGGGUCCUUGGUGUCGUGGAUAAGAUAUGGGCUAGUGGAGGUCAUCUUGCUGAUUUGGUUGACCGUAAUGAUAUCCCUUUACCGGAUAAACCAGAUACGGAAGACGAAUCUCUGCUGAUGAAGUGGAAGUGGAAAGUUAGAUCUGUGAAAAAGGAGAAUGGGGAGAGACAUUCACAGCGGUGCGAUUUAGAGCUUAAACUUGCUGUAGCUCGGAAAAUGAAAGAUGAAGAAGGUUUCUUCUAUCCACACAACCUGGAUUUUCGAGGUCGCGCAUAUCCAAUGCAUCCCUACUUAAACCAUCUUGGUUCAGAUGUGUGUCGUGGCAUUUUGGAAUUUGCAGAUGGACGUCCUCUUGGAGAGUCAGGCUUACGAUGGCUGAAGAUACAUUUGGCUAAUCUUUUUGCUGGUGGUGUGGACAAAUUAUCGCUUGAGGGUCGUGUAGCAUUUACUGAAAAUCACUUGGAUGAGAUAUUUGACUCUGCAGACCGACCUCUUGAAGGAAAGCGCUGGUGGUUGAAGGCAGAAGAUCCAUUUCAGUUCUUGGCUGUGUGCAUUAAUCUCUCUGAAGCUCUGAGAAGCUCAUCUCCUGAGGCAACCAUUUCUCAUAUUCCUGUACACCAGGAUGGUUCCUGCAAUGGCUUACAGCACUAUGCUGCCCUUGGAAGAGACAAGUUGGGAGCAGGUGCAGUUAAUUUGAUCGCUGGAGAAAAACCUGCUGAUGUUUACUCUGGAAUAGCUGCUAGAGUUCUUGGCAUAAUGAGGACAGAUGCUCAGAAAGAUCCUGCAGUAUUUCCAGAUGCUUUGCGUGCGAGGAUCUUAAUGAAUCAGGUGGACAGGAAAUUAGUGAAGCAGACGGUGAUGACAUCGGUGUAUGGUGUCACUUACAUUGGUGCUCGUGAUCAGAUCAAGAGAAGGUUGAAGGAACGCAAUGCCAUCGAGGAUGAUACAGAGCUCUUUGGUGCGGCUUGUUAUGCUGCAAAAAUCACGUUGACUGCAUUGGGAGAGAUGUUUCAAGCUGCUCGUGGUAUCAUGAGCUGGCUUGGUGACUGUGCAAAGAUUAUUGCCUCUGAGAAUCAGCCAGUGGAAUGGACGACUCCCCUUGGACUUCCUGUUGUGCAGCCUUACCGUAAACGAGGAAGGCAUCUGGUUAAGACUUCACUUCAGACUUUGACAUUACAACGGGAAACAGAGAAGAUCAUGGUCAAGCGGCAGAGGACAGCUUUUCCACCAAAUUUCGUUCAUUCCCUUGAUGGUUCACAUAUGAUGAUGACUGUGGUUGCUUGCAAAAAAGCAGGCUUGAACUUUGCAGGGGUUCAUGAUUCAUAUUGGACGCAUGCUUGUGAUGUGGAAGAAAUGAACAGAAUACUACGGGAAAAAUUUGUGGAACUAUAUGAAACUCCCAUACUGGAGAAUUUGUUGGAGAGCUUUCAAACGUCUUUUCCUACAUUAUCUUUUCCCCCAUUGCCCGAACGGGGAGACUUCGAUAUGAGAGACGUUAUAGAGUCGCCGUACUUCUUCAACUGAUCUGACCAUAAGCUACUCUUGUUAUCCAGUGAUACAGUGGCACUGUACAGAUUCACCAUGUCUGUUUUGCUUUGCUACAUUGAUAGGCAUCGCAAGGAAAGAGGACAUUCUCUGAAUAUAAUCUGUGAGAGACUUGAGGCACUUCUCACACUUUCUUGUGAGAAUGUCCUCCAGCGUUGAGAGAUAUGGCAUCUAAGCUUUUCUAAAGUGGAUUCAUUGAUCAAGAGAGAGAUCGACGUUCAAUCUUCAUCUGCAAAUCACGCCUUGAAAUUGUCAAGGACACAAAGCUUUCGACUUGAUGAAGUCAUUCAGGUACCAACCCGCAGUACAGUAGAGUGAGUUGAGAGAAGAAAUUCUGAUUCAGGCGAUGACAUAACAUGCAUGAAAUGUUGCAAUUUUCCGUUCCAUGAGGGAUUGCAUAGUUGCAGCAGUUGCUGCUGGAUCUAUACUGCUGUUAUUAUGAGUUGUUCCAGCUCCCAUCUUGUAUAUGUUGUACAGAAAUCUGUAAAUGAAUUUAAUAGUCCAAGAAAUGCAGUUAUCGCCAGUAAGAGUGUUGAUAAAUCUUCUCCUGUUAUCAGUCAGCCUCGUUCAUUUUGUUUUUUCUCUUUGUUUAUUUUGACGAUCACAAUCUACUUGUCCCCCAACAUGUACGGUGCAAUUUUUCAAAAUCUCCCUCAUUGUUUUUCUCUUUUAACAUGUGUAAAAGGAGUUUGUGGAAAUCUUCUCAGUCCGUUUUCU